AUGGGAGGGGCAGCCAUGGCUCUGACGCCGGAAUUUGGCGAGACGAGCGUGGACGAUCUACGAAUGCCACACUUCUCAUUCCUUCGUGAACUUGUCCUCGUCGGAGUAGUCGCAGCCCCAAUCCAUGCCUCCAUGUCGACAUCCGCAGUUCAUCCACCCUUUGACACUCUUCCCAGCUCCAUCCCAGCUGCAGCGUCCCGCAUGCGACCCAAAAGAAGAGAGAAAGGCCAACCUGCGCGGCAGAUCUUCUCGUGUCAUGUCACCCCAAGAGCUAUGAUUAUCGCUGCUGUUGCUGCGCUCUUCCUGACCUUGCCCAUGUCAACCUUCCUCCUUCGCGCCAGCGCCAGCGCGGUUUCUGAUACAUUUUACAUGCUAAGCGAAGGCCCCUACCUCGAUGUCACGGACAUGCGCGAGGCCAUUCAAGAGGAGGGGGGCUGA